GGACGACAUCCUCAUCGACGGACUAAUGGAGCUAGUCGUUUCCAGAAGAAGAAGUGGUGCUGGCUUCAAAAUAGAAUCAUUUACAGGAAUCGCAGAAAAUAUGUUGUUGAAGUUAGGCCUCAAGGUCACUAACGCGAACGUAAAGAAUCGCAUCCGUACAGUAAAAAAAAUUUUCUUCACUGUCAAAGAUCUGCGGAGUGCAUCUGGUUUUGGGUGGGACCCAGACCUACUAAUCGUCGUGGCAUCAGAUGAAGUGUGGAUGGACUAUAUUAAGUCUCAUCCAGAUGCUGCUCAGUUCCGUGGCAAACCCAUGCCCAGAUAUGAUGAUCUCGACUUCAUUUUCGGAAAUGACAGGGCUACCAGUAAAUCAUGUGCCACUGGCAACUUCCCUCCCUGUGCAACCACUCCUCGACGGAGAGAUACAGAUGCGUCAUCCAACCACACUGUUGAUCUGAAUGAUGAUAUUAACAUAAUAUCUUCUGAAGAUCUUGGCGAUGAUGCACCGCAUAUCCAUUGGUCUGACAAUAGCCCUGGAGGCAACAACAUUCCUCAUCCGAGUCCGACACAGCAUGCGAAUGCAUCCGGCAACACGAAUUCCACAGUUAAUUCUAAAAAGAGACCGAGGGGGGAGUGACCUGUUGACAUGAUUGGCACUGGUAUGGUUGAUAUUGGGGGUGCCAUGAAGUCAAUUGCUAUUUCAAUCGAUAAGGGUAAGAACUUUGGUCGGAUGUCACAAAUUAUACCGGCUUUGGAGGAGUUAGAGGGACUUACGAAUGAUGAGGUCUUAUGGGCGACAAAGUUGCUAUCGAAAGAAGAAGCGUAUGGGGCCUCCUUCCUUAACUUUGCCAAAGAGAAGAGAAUAUCAUUCAUAAGG